AACCUGUCACUUGUAAUUGUAAUUUAAAUAUGUUGUACGAUGAGAGCGUAUGUGUAACCAGAGUCAAAUUAAGUAAAGCUGAUUCUGAUUCUGACCAACAGGGUGAGACUCCUCGUGUUGCAAAAAGAAGUCAGAUUGUAUAGAAUACUAUGAUAAAAUGAUUCUACUUCUUAUUUAUUCCCUCAGUAAAUAUUGUAAACAUGAGUUUAUGGUCUCAAUCUCUAGUUUCAAGUCUUCUUCAAUACAGCAUGAUGUUCAUUUAGUAAAUUAUGGUCUAUCUAGAGUCAAAUAGAGCAUAAAGCACAGUAUGUUUUAGGGCGGGUCUUACGGUGAUUGACAGGUCUCUACUAGAGACGUAUACGGCGUCUCUGCGUCACUUCUGUUCAUCGGUUGCAAGAAAAACAACAUGGCGACGGCCGUGAUCCAAGAUGGCGAAAGCGAAAUUGCUGAACUCAAGGCUUCAAAAACAUCAGUCCACAAAACAACGGGUCACUAAGACCAGGUCCACCUCUUAUAUACAUGGUCAAUACACAGCCCUGAAAUUAAAGUACAGUGGACAUUUAAAGGUUUGGAGUCUUGUUUGGAUCAACCAAUGGAUUCAAGCGGGGUCCAUGAAGUCAUCAAGUAUGCACCCUCCCGCCUACCAGCCAAACAGUACGACCCCGACACCACCGAACCCAUCAGCUGUAGCCUUCAAUCUUUGGAGGAGCUGUUGUCAUGGAAACGAAACAAGGCAAACCCCUUCAAUGUGGCGGCAGUCCCCCUGGCACCUCGGGAGCCUCCUCUUGCCGGAAGUCCCCAUCGCACCUUGGUGUCUCACGACAUGAUGGGAGGCUACCUGGAUGACCGGUUUGCCCAGGGGACACAUGCAGAGGCCCCUUAUGCCUUCUACCACUGGCAGUGCAUUGAUAUUUUUAACUACUUCACACACAACCUGGUGACGAUCCCUCCUGCCGUGUGGACCAAUGCAGCGCAUAAACAUGGAGUCGUUGUUCUCGGGACUUUCAUCACAGAGUGGACUAACGGAGCCGCGGCGUGCGAGGCCUUCUUGAAAGAGGAGGAGUCGUACCGGGCGGUGGCUGAUAAACUAGUUCAGAUCAGCCACUGUUACGGCUUUGAGGGCUGGCUCAUCAACAUAGAGAACGCCCUCAGUGAAGUUGCGGUGAAGAACACGCCUCUGUUCCUGCGCUAUCUGACGGACCAGAUGCGCGAACGGGUACCCGGCAGCCUGGUGCUGUGGUACGACAGCGUAAUCGAGAACGGAAAGCUGACCUGGCAAAAUGAGCUCAAUCAGUCCAACAGGAUGUUUUUCGACGCUUGUGAUGGUUUCUUCACCAACUACAACUGGACAGAGCAGAGCCUAGAGUGGAUGAGGGACUACAGCGGGGUCCAAGGCCGCCAGGCUGACGUCUACAUCGGGGUGGACGUAUUCGCCCGAGGCAAGGUGGUGGGAGGAAUGCUGGAAACAAACAAGGCACUGGAGAUCAUUCGGAAGCACGGCUUCUCCACGGCCAUCUUUGCCCCGGGUUGGGUGUACGAGUCCCACAACGACAAGGCCGAGUUCCGCAAGCACCAGGAUAAGUUCUGGGCUCUUCUGUCAGACUACCUGUACAUCCAUCGGCCAAUCUCACCGCUUCCCUUCAUCUCCUCCUUCUGCCAGGGCUUUGGGAAGGCUAUCUACCGUAGAGGACAGCGCGAGGCCAACAGGAGCUGGUUCAACCUGAGCGCCCAGGAGAUCCAGCCCUUGUACUACCACACGGAGCUUGAGGGCCAAGGCUGGUUUGGAGGCCGCGGCUGUCCAGAGGAUGCCUGGAAUGGAGGCUGCUCACUGCUGCUGGAGGGACUCAUCCCCGCCACACACACGUCUCCAGUUUGUGCCAAGAUCUUGUGCCUCCACGUACCCCUGGCACCCAAGACCCUGGUGACCCUCAUCUUCAAGCCAUCCGCCGGGAUCAAGGUGUCUCUGGAGCUGAAGACGACAGAUGCCCAUCUUUGCACGCACAUGGACGUCCAGGAAGUAAAACCGAGCGGCACGUCUCCUGUGGAUGAGGGGCUCCAGUUGGUGAGCCAGUUCUCUCAGCUGUGCGGCAAUCCAAGUCCAGAUGGCUGGACUGUCGGGUGUGCACAGUUGGAGUUUCACGGCUGUGCUCUCAGAAAUGUUUGUGUCAGCAUCCAGCGGGACGGACCACCUCAGGACACGCCGUUCAGCUGCAGGGUGGGCGAAAUCAUGCUCUUGGACGUAGCCGAUCUGCAGGUUCCCCCUGAGCUGGUUCAGGGCUUGUGCGUCUACGACGUGGUGUGGCUGCGCGGGGCCGGUACCUCGCCAGAGUCCCCCUCUCCCUGCCUGCACUUCAACGCCACCCUGCGCUGGGAGUACCCGAAGGAGCUUGUGCGCCACUUCCGGGUGUACUGGCGACGGCUGAGAGGACCCGAUCCCAGGAUCCCCCCGGGUCAGCUGAUUCUGGUGGGCCGGGCGUACUCUAAACUUUUCAGAGUGACGGAGCUGGCGGUGCCGGAAGCGCCCUGCCUGCUGGAGCUGGUGGUGGAGCCGGUGAGCAGGAAGGGCCUCCCGGUCCCAGAGAGCCACUGGGGAAGAAGAAGCCUCAGCUACACAGAGGAUACAACACAAUGACUUAACAAACCCGCUUAGCAGGCCGCUUACAUUAUGGUGCUGCAUUCAUAACUCCAAUGUCAAAUUCAACAUUCCCAAAUCGAAGCACUUCUAUGUUUUUGGCUCAUGAAUUGUAAAGACAGUUUUGGAUGGUCCCGGUGACGGCUGUCAACUAUGGAACAACCCCUCCCCCACCCACUGUCUGGUACUUGACUUUUAAACCUGAAUGUCACUACAUAUUUAGAUUUAAGUGGAAGAGGCAAAGUGGAGCUAUUGACCAAAAAAUAUGAUGAACGUGACGCUAAUCUGCUGGAGUUAUUGUCUUGCUCUGUUUCACGGACUUUAACCAAUCCCAACUCCACAUUCUGUACACUCUAGCAUGCAGAUUUUAAUCAGGGCUAUGAGUGCACGUGUCAACAGAAUCAUCUCCAUGACAACUGGGCAAAGCUCCAGGAAAAUAAACUAGCAAGUGUAUCUUAAAAUCCCUGAAUUAGUUAUCAAGAAGGCAGAUGAGAAGAUUGACACCAGUAUCUUGAAUGUAUCAGGAGUCCGAGGUAACACUUAUUGCACAAUAAUGCCAAAAAUACUGUUCAAAAUAUACUAUUUCUUUCUUUCUUCUCAUAUGUAUGUUAAUUUGUUUUUUUUCUUAAACUGUAUGUUCGAGAUAUGUAUGCCACAUCAACAAGAUCAGACAAUACGUUCUUCAAAGAGUUCUUAAAAUGGAAAUGUGAUGACUUUGACCCUGUCACAUCAUCAUAAUACAAUAAAUGACAGCAUGUGAUCA